GGCUGCUCCUGGUGAAUUUAGGUAAGUAGCUUUAAACUUCAUGCAAAGCCAUAUGCACUUAUGGCUGCUCCUGGUGAAUUUAGCAUCAAUCAAUAAAGAACUUUAUAGAGCGAAUUGCAGAAUCAUAAGAUGUGGUGGUGUUGGCGGGCCACUUAUAAACCCGAAAGGGGAAUUUAUUGGUGUAUGCUUUUAUGACAUGUCGUGCACUCCCUUUUUGCCCAUCACUCUAACUCUCAAAUGGUGGGAAAAAUUUAAAAGAAACGGGCAAAUCCACCGACCAUUGCUAGCUAUGGAACUUACCAACCUCUAUGCUAUGAGCCUGGACAUUCUAGAAAAGGUUGUCCAAAACGCUACCUUCCAUGGUGCUAUGGUUGAAGAGAUUCAGACUUUGGGACGAAAGACUAGAACAGGCUUCCCGUUAAAAAGGCAGCCGUAUACACAUUGGUGUCCCACGUCCCAAAAGACAUGGAUCCGGGGAAGGGACCCACAACAAAAAUGCAUAAGUAGUAAGCAGGAAGGGACCCACAACAAAAAUGCAUAAGUAGUAAGCCUUCCCUUGUUAUUUUGACAAGAGGGUGCUCCCAAGAAGUGAACUUGUGAGUUCUGACCUCUCAGACACACAAACCCCGUAACUGGUGCAUCAAGGCUCCCCUCCUAUAGGCUCCCAAUUAUGUUAAAAAGAUCCCUCUUAAAAGUAAAGUUCAGUACAUAAAACUAAGUGCUUUUGUUCAUAGAUUUCUCUUAAAAAUUUCUCUUGACGUUCUCUAUGCAUCUACUAAAAUAAUUCUUCUUACUACUCGGAU